UUCCAUUAACAAACAAUGAGUGCCCAGCUGUGGAAUGACCCCGCUAUAAUACUACUUUUCCUAUUGAUCAUUCUCCUGGUGGAUAAUCUGUGGAGUCUCUACCUGCUCUUGCGCGAGAUUAAACUGAUUUACAGAUCUAAAUAUGUACCGGAGGUGUUGCGUCCGUACUUAUCACAAGAUCUGUUCGAAAGAAUGCGUAGCUAUAAGCUGCACAAAAGCUGGUUCAUCAUAGUCAAUACACUCAUUGUGGUCGUUAUUUGUGGCUGCCUUGAAUUGUAUUUUGGUUUCUAUGCGCUGCUUUGGAAAUUAGUUGACCGCUGUGCCAUCUGGCCGUGGAUGGAGCACGAGAUCUGGAUGUCUAUCAUCUAUGUGCUCUUUUUAAGCAUUUAUAUAUUAGUUAAGUCGCUGCCGGGUAAAAUCUAUGAGAAAUGCUGCAUCAUCAAGCUGGUGAAGCAACCCAAACGAAGAUGGUCGGAAUGCAUUGCCUUUGAGGUGCUGGACAUCACCUGUUCGCUGCUGAUCAUGGCCGCAGUGGUUGCUGUGGUGGUAUCGAUGGUGCGUGCCUUUCAUGAGCUAGCCUUCAUAGGAAUUUAUCUGAUGGCCGUGCUGCUGACCGCGUUGGUAAUUUUUAUAGUGCCUUGUGUCAUUGAUCCUUUCCUUGGCAAACGUGUGCAGCUCGAGAAUCAGGCGUUAAGACUGGGUCUUACCGAACUCACCCAUCGCGUAGGCUUCCCCAUGCAGUAUGUGUAUAUUAUACGAGUCCGUGACCAAAGCGUGGGCAGCAACGCCUUUUUCUUUGGCAGCUGCUGUCUGAAACGGAUCGUGAUCUUCGAUACGUUAUUGCUGAAUCGUGGAAUGGCCAACGCUGCUCAGCUGCCGGAGGAGGAGCAAGGCAAGGGCUUACCCAAUGAACAUGUCUUGGCUGUGGUCGCUCACGAACUGGGCCACUGGAAGAAGGGGCAUUUCUACAAGGCCAUCGUCAUGUUUCAGCUACACUUACUGAUAACGCUCCUACUGUUUGUCAUCUGCUUUGCGCAUGGACCCAUUUAUCAGGCGGUUGGCUUUGAAGAGGGCGUCGAGCCGGUUAUAGCGGGAUUUAUAAUAAUCUUUGGCUUUGUGCUGACGCCCUAUUUAACCAUCUCCAAUGUUAUAAUGCUAACAAUGACGCGUCAAUUUGAAUAUGAGGCAGAUAAGUUUGCAUUCCAGCUGGGCUAUGCAGCGCAUCUGCGCAUGGCACUUCUCAAGCUCUAUGCGGAUAAUCUUACAUUCCCUUUAUCGGAUCCCUGCUAUUCCAGUUGGAAUCAUACGCAUCCCAUGAUGUUGCAUCGCCUGCAGCGCUUAGAGAGCCUCGAAAUUUAUAGAAUGUAAAAAAAUUAGAAAAAAAAACAAAGCUAGCUACGAAUACAUAUGUAUAUUUAAAUCCAACUGCCAUUUUC